CUUCCCGCCGAGAAGAGCAGACAACUUGCAUUCUUGAACAAUCCAGAAUUGGUGCGAACAAAUUCGAAACGAGUUAUCCGAGAACACUAUAUGGAGGAUGGUGACACAGAAGAAACGGGUAUGGAUUAUGAUGUCAGCGGUGAUACUUUAGAUACGCUAGAUGAACUUGAAGAACAAGAAUGGCGCUCACGCAACCAUUCAGUGGGUCUUCGAGGACGCCGAUCAGUUUCGGCUCAUGCCCAUCCUUCAAGUGCAGCAAAACGAAGUCGUAGCCGUUACGAAGGUGGUGCAUCUGCACCUGCCAAUGAGAAUGAGGAAACUCGUGAUUCACCGCUUCCGCCAAAGCGAUCUCGAGAAACCACAGAAGAGAUCACAACUACUACAACCGUGACCAUUGAUCCGAGCCGUAAGAAGCCAUCCCAGGCAAAAGUGACUAUCAGAAGAAGCAUGAACAGGAGCAUGUCUGCGAACGACAUCCUGAAUCAGGUGGAGAUCACUGCUUUGUCUUUCGCUAAAUCUAUCUCCUACGGUUUCUAUCGAAGUUAUCUAAACGCAGUAUGUUUAGAACUUGGAGUUGAUGUAGGUUAUGAGGAAGAAGGAGUCAAAAUUUCUUUCUUCUCCUAA